AUUACACGAGAAUUCGAAACUUUGUCGCGUUUUAAAAAUAGGGUUUAUAAAAUAGUGUCGAAGGUCACCAAGAACCAGUCAUCAAGGAAAUGCAUGCCGUAAAUAAAAUGUAAAUGAAAGAUUUCGGAACGACCUCGUGUUUUAUGGUCAGAGCAAGGGAACAUGGUUUACGACCAUUUGCAUCUUCUGCAUAAUAUGAGCUAUCUUGCAGAGAGAUCGACGAGGACGGAAAUGGAAUCGGAGAAGCAGAAGACGCAGAGGGAGAGGGAGAGAGACGGCGCGGACGGUCCCAAGAAGAAGGCGAGAGUGGUGGAAGCGCGGGAAGACGUCGAGGUGGAGGAGCCGCCGAGCGAGGCCGAGGUGGAGGAGUUCUUCGCGAUCGUGCGGCGGAUGCACGUGGCGGUGAAGUACUUCGGCCAGAAAGCGAAUGGGGUCGGCGGGAAGCCGCCGGGGAAGUGGAGAGCCGCCCUGGAGGCGGAGGACGUCGUGGUGGUUGCGGCGGACGAAGCCGGGGAAGUCCUCGACGACAAGGAAAGUGUGAAGAAGGCGGCGGCAGCGGCGGCGGCGGCGGCGACGACUCCGGCUCCGGAGGGAGUGGCGGAGGUAAAUGGGGUCUUUGACCUGAACAGCGCUCCGGAAGAGGGAUGCGCCGAUUAGGGACGGCGGUUGUUCUCUCGUCCAAGUGGUGGUGCCACGUGUCGGCCUGAGGCGGGAAGCUGUAAGCUAGAUGGCAAAACAGGUACAGCUCAGGUUGUUUCUUUGUUUGUUUUUUUUUUUUUUGAAUUUUUGUAACCUGUUAGUUUCUUUUCUUCUCGAAUGGAAUGAAAAGUUUAGGUGAUUCCCUAGUGCUGCGGUCCGUUCAUGUAAAUUAAUUAUUUGCCAUUCGCGAAGUUCUACAAAAUUUUGGAAGAAGGAAGGCAAGAAUCGAUUAAUGACAUUUAUAUAUAUAGCAAGUGACGUUGGUGGGA